AUGUUAAAAAAUGAAGAGAAACUAUGGAAUGAUGAGUCAGAUAUGUAUCUGAUAAAUGAAGUUAUUGCUAAGUGGAAAGAAUUGCAAACAUUUAGCAAGAAAAAAGUAUUCGAAAAAAUUGCCCACAAUAUUUCAAAUACAUUUGGAAAGACAAUUACAGGAACACAGGCUGACAGCAAAUGGAAGUACUUAGUUUCUAAGUAUAAAAAUUUUAAAAAGACCAUUGCAUCAACAGGAACUGGAACAAUCAAAUGGAAAUAUUAUGAAAUCCUAAAUGACUUUUUAUUUAACAAGCCCGAGAUUAUUGCACCAGCUAUAUGUAGCAGCUCCAAAGGUCUUCUCAUUAACAAAUGUGAUGACGAAGAAGCAUCGGGCUCACAAACUGUCAACACAAACCUGGCAUUUAGCCCAUUAGUGUCAUCAAUGACGAGAAAGAAGAGAUAG